AUGUCUGUCGAUCUAUUUAAUAUAUCAUGGUUUAUUGUUUUUAUUGUUGUUAUAUUAAUUGCUUUUAUUGCUAAUAUAAUCAUUAUUUUGGCUAUACUACGUGACCGUUCAAUGCAUACAUCAACUUAUUUCUAUAUAAUUAAUGUUAACAUAGCGGAUAUUCUUCUAAUACUUAGUUGUUUACCAGAGCGUAUAGCCGACAUAUUACAUUCAAAUGAUGGCUUUAUUUUAGGCAUGUUUACAUGCUAUUUAUUACCAUUUUUACAACAAGUAUCAAUGCAUGCAGCACUUGGAUUUUUAUUAAUAUUAACUGUACAUCGUUGUUAUCCAGCUGGUGUUCCAAGAUGUUUACAACGUAAUUUAAUUCGACGACAAAUACGUAAUCAUUGUCAAACAUUAUGUCUUAUAUGGAUAUUUGCUAUAUUAAUUAAUUUACCAUUAUUUGCAAUAACAAAAUAUGAUAAAAAUGGUAUAAUAAAAACAGAAAAUAUAACAAAUAAAUCUCAGAUAACAUUUGUUGCUAGUUGUGACACAGAAGCCACAGAACUUUGGUCACGUACUUAUUUAAUCUUAUUACUUGUUUUAACUUACUUAAUUACUGGAUUUUUUCUUAUUAUUAUUUAUGGUCAAGUUAUUCGAAUAAUUCUUAGUUCUAAAAAAUAUACUAAUAAAAAAAAUUUAAUUAAUCGACAUAAAAAUGAAAAUAAUCAUUUUCUUUCACCUAAUACAAUUAAUCAAAAUAAAUAUCGUGAAAAAUCAAUACGUACAUCAACAUCAUCAACAUCAUCAACGAAUUCAUCUAAUCGACAUGAAAAACAAAAUUUAAAUAAUACACAACCAAUAUCUAUGAUGAUAAAAAUAGAAAAAACAAAAUGUUCAAUUAAUUCACAUUCAAAACAACAUCUUCAAGUUAUAAUUAUGCUUUUUAUUGUUAUUUUACUUUAUAUUCUAUUACUUUUACCAUAUCGUUUACUUAAUUUACUUUUUAUUGUAUAUAAUCAAUUAUUUCAAUAUAAUUUAAUGAAUGAAAUUUUACUUCUAUGGUUAUUAAAUACAGUUCGUUUACUUGUUUUUCUUAAUUGUGCAUUACAACCAAUAAUAUAUCUUAUUAUAUCAUCACGUUUAAGACAAACUGUAAUUAAAUUUCUUCAAUUAUGUUCAUUUAAAUAUUAUUGUCGAUGUCAAUUUUCAUUAUCAUUAAAAACUAAACAACGUCAUAAUACUAAUCAUCGUGUUAUUCAAACAUAUUUAUGUCAAAGAUAUCAAAAUACAAAUAGUUUAAUAUAUAGACAAAAAAAAUUUAUUAGUCGUGAUAAUAAUUCACCUAUAAAUGAUAUUAAUCUAAUUGAUUAUCAAUCUUCACCAUUAACACGACCAACAUUUAUUACUAAACAUUUAACAACUAAAACUCUUCAAACUGUUAAAUAUAACACUUCAUUGUGUAAAUAA